AUGAAAAAUCUAAAUUUACUUUCGCAAAAAGUACUUUCAAUUUCCUCUCCUUCUAGAAUCGGAAAAUCUUUUUUAAUAAAUCAUGAAGAAGAAGUUAUGUAUUUUUUAAGAUUCUCUGAAUCUUUAACUCAUAUUGAGCUCGUUAAAUAUAAUGAUUUAGAGGUGAUAGCAAUGUGGUCUAAUGAUGAAGGGAAUACAGAUUUGGACUCAUUAAUUUGCGGAAUGUAUUUCUCGGCGUAUGAUCAAGUCAUUUGUAUAGCAUUUCAUAAUGGUGAUAUUGUCAUCGUUAAUUCAUCACAGCAGGCAGAACUUGUCGGAUCGAUCGAAUCAAAGAUUCAAAGCAUGGAAUGGAGUCCGGAUGAAGAAUUAGUAAUCUUUGUUACAGGAAAUGAUACAAUAUUGGUGAUGACGAAAGAUUUUGAUGUGAUAACGGAAUUGCCGAUUAAUGUGGAUGAGGCUGGAGAAGCUGUUAGCAUAAAUGUUGGAUGGGGAAAAAAGGAAACACAAUUUCAUGGAUCAGUAGGAAAGUCUGCCGCGCAAAAUAAGGUUGAGGUUUCCAGUUUUACUCUAUCUCCAGAUGAUGAUUCAAAACCGCGUAUAUCGUGGAUUGGAGAUGGCAGCAUGUUUUGCUGUUCAAUAAUUGAUCCUAAUAAAGGACUUCGAGUCAUUCGAGUUUAUAACCGGGAAGGUAUAUUACAAUAUACUAGUGAACCUGUUGAUAAACUUGAACACGUAUUAUCAUGGAGGCCAUCAGGAAAUUUGAUCGCUUCAAGUCAGAAGUUAGCAAAUAAACAUGAAAUUAUUUUCUUUGAAAAAAAUGGUCUAAGGCAUGGAGAAUUUUCAUUGCGUGAAACAUAUGCUCAUAAAAUUAUCGAAAUCAUGUGGAAUUGUGAUUCUACAGUUUUAGCUAUAUGGAUGGAAAGAAAUAGAUCAAAUGAUGAACAUUCAACGUGUGUUCAGUUGUGGAAUAUGAAUAAUUAUCAUUGGUAUUUGAAACAUGAAAUUCAAAGUCAAUCUGAUGUUAGAAUAACUAGUGUUUCUUGGGAUCCCGAAAAAGCGCUCAGACUACAUUAUACCACAACAAAUGAAUAUCAUUGUCUAGAUUUUUGUUGGGAUGUUUUCGGUGCAAAUACGAUAUCUGACAAAAACGCUGCUUCUGUUGCAGUUAUCGAUGGAACCUCUGUGAACCUGACACCAUUCAGAGUGAUGAACGUGCCACCACCAAUGUUUGCAUUCUCUGUACAACUUUCAAAUCCUGCAUCUUGUGUGACAUUUUCAUCAAAUAAUGGAGGCAAUGAUUUUGCUGUUCUGGAAUCUAAUCAACAGAUUACAUUAUUUGAGUGGAGUGGAGCACUAGAGAGACCCAUUAAAGCCCCAACAAGUAUAGGUUCUAUUCAAAUUGAAGAUCCAAAAAAUGAUCGAGGAAUAAUGAGACAAAUCAUAUGGUUUAAUCGAUCGGUUAUAUUUUUUUUACAUUCUUCCAAGAAGCUCAAUCAUUAUGAUAAUUUGGUUGCGAUUUAUUUGACUUAUGACGAGAAUGGAAAAGCAAAAUGUGUAUCGUAUGAAAAUUUUAAUCUUAAACAAAACGUUCUAAGAUUAUACUUUAAUCCAAAUAACAAAGAAUUGUGGUUUGAAAGUAUUCAUGGAAAAAUUUUAAUAGCUGAAAUAUAUAUGGAUCGAAUCGAUAAGUUUAUCGAAAACAUUAAUUAUAAUAAAGAAGAAAAGAUCAAAGUACAAAAUGAUAUUUUUAUUCAAUUUCCUGAAGUAUGUCAUUGGAUUUCUUCAACUCGGAUUGGAAGAGAGGAAAGGACUGAGGAUGUGAUAAUUGGAUUAAGUGAAAAUAACAAGUUAUAUGGAAAUCAUAUGCUUAUAUCAGCAGAAUGCACAUCAUUUUUCGUACAUAAUACUUUACUUUUAUUCACUACCUUAAGUAAUGUGAUCAAAUUUUUACCACUGCAAGUUAAUCUAUCAGAUUGGGAAGUCGCUAAUAAUCUAUACAAUGAAGCCGAUAGGAAGGUGGAAAGAGGAUCGAAGAUAAUAUGUGCUGUCUAUUUUGAUAACUUUCUUAUAUUGCAGAUGCCCAGAGGAAAUUUGGAAACUGUUCAUCCACGAGUUUUA